AUAUAUACAUAUUAUACACUUGAACCAAAGUUGUGCUUCUUGGAAAUAACCAUUCCCUAUACCUUCCUUUCAUCUCGAAACCAGACUCUCUCUCUCUCUCUCUCUCUCUCUCUCUCUCUCUCCUAUACCUUCCUUUCAUCUCGAAACCAGACUCUCUCUCUCUCUCUCUCUCUAACAUGGUGUCAACUCACCUUGAACCCCUCGUAAGCGACAUCAAACUAUCAUCGGUGGUUCCAUCCAUACCAACCGGAGACAACAAAAUCCACGAACUCACAAACAUAGACUUAGCCAUGAAACUUCACUACAUUAAAGGCCUCUAUUUUUUCAACCGGAACUCCGUCCAAGGCAUAGGUAUCUCCGACAUGAAAAAACCCAUGUUCCAGUUGCUCGACCGCUACACCGCCGCCUCCGGCAGAAUCCGGCUGUCGGAAAACGGCCGGCCGUUUGUCAAGUGUAACGAUAGUGGUGUACGGAUUGUUGAGGCUGAUUGUUCCAAAAUUACCCUUGAGGAAUGGAUGAAGGGUAUGAAGGAUGGGUGGGAGAUUAAUGAGCAGCUUUUUUACCCUCAUGCCCUUGGUCCUGAUCUGGGUUUUGCUCCACUUGUUUUCGUUCAGUUCACAUGGUUCAAAUGUGGAGGAUUAUCAGUGGGGCUCAGCUGGGCCCACGUCCUGGGGGACCCAUUCGCAGCUUCAACAUUCAUCAACACGUGGGCCCACAUCAUGGCAGGUCAAAUGCCACCUCAGCCUCUCAAGUUGCCAAAUAGUACUAACACCGGAGAAUGCCAAUUCCCACCAAAUUCCAAUUCCGAGAAACCAUUUUCCCUCCAAAGGGUCGACACUGUUGAUGACUAUUGGCUUGUUUCUAGUUCCUGUAAGAUGGAAACACUUUCCUUCCAUUUCACUGCAAGAAAACUUGACCAGAUAGCCUCAAAAGCUUCAGGCCUAAACCAGUAUUUUCAUCUCCUCGCCGCGUUGAUGUGGAAAUCGCUAGCGAAAAUAAGGGGAGAAUCCGAACCGAGGGUUGUGACAAUAUUCAAUAGCGAUCCUCGCAACAAGGGAAUUGAAGGCUUAAGCAAUAGUCAGGUCAUUGGCACGGUGGAAGCAGAUUUCAAGGUUGCGGAAGCCGAUUUGUCGGAGUUGGCCAAGUUGAUCGAGGAAAAAAUGGUGGAUGAGAGAAGUUUGAUCGACAAAUGGGUGGAGAGAGAGAAUGAAAAAUCGGACUUUAUUUUAUACGGGUCCAACUUAACGUUCGUGAAUUUGGAAGAGUCAGAGAUUUACGGGUUGCGUAUAAAAGGGCAAAAGCCUGUUUUCGCGAGUUAUGGCAUUGGUGGUGCUGGCGACGAAGGGGUGGUUCUGGUGCUUCCGGCUCCGGCAAAUGGCAAAGGAGGCGAUUGCGGUGAUGGAAGGGUGGUGACAGCGAUCUUGCCGAAGGAUCAAAAUUUCCAGUUGAAGAAUGAACUUAGAAAUGACUGGGGUGUUUUUUGAAGUUGAAAUGAAGGGCACCAUUGGUAGUUGUUUGAUUCGAAUGUGAUGUUUAUGAGUGCAAUAAGAUCAAGACUACGUCAAUGUAGAGCAUGAGCAAUAAGAGCAUACUUGUGUUUACGGCCGUAUAUAAGGGGCCGUAUAAUAUAAGAUGUCUUCGCGGCCGGAGAUAACGGUGGCGCGCGAACAGGGGGGUGUCCUUACUAGUAGUACUAGAUUUGUAGGGUACCAUUUUCUGGUACUUUACAGUAAAUAAUAGGAGCAAUUCUAUGUUUGUAAA